UUUGUACAACUGUUGUCGAGUGAUAACGGCCCGGACGUACGCGGUUAACGACUAACGCGAUUAACGACUCAAAUCUGUGACCACGGGCCACCCGACCGCCGCCGCCGCCGCCGCCACACUGCCGCAGCCGACCAGCACUGUCUCGCCGACGACGCACACGGUACACCUGCAACUCAUCAAGUUUCCGAGGCGUCUUGUGUAUCGAUUAGCCACUCCAACCUAUGUUCGUAUAGGAAACAAUGGACCAACCGUCUGCACCGUCGUUCGACCCUGCGUUACUCGACAUGGAGAACAUGACCUCCGAUAAGUGGUAUGCACUUAUAUACACCAGAAUAGUACAACAGGAAGAUAUUUUUGUUGGUGAUUUCAAAAAGAAAGUAGUCGAAAUCAUGAACAUGUGCAUGAACAAGCCUAAUGCAACAUUAGAAAGUAUACAACAAGAUAUUACAAACACAAUCAAUGAAUCGCAAUUUGAAUUCGAACACCAAAAGUUUAUUGAUGGUAUAGUUGGAGGUACUUAUGAAUACCUUUGCCAGUUCAUUAUUAAAAAUUCAAUGGAAAAUAUUAAAAGAACUCAAUGUGCUUUAAAUUGUUUUUCAUUAACAAAUAAUUUAAAUUAUGGUGCAAUAAAAUCGUACUGUAAUGAUAAUAUGUUGUUACAAGGAUCUUCUAAAUUGACUCAAAUCCAAUGUGAACCAGAAUCAAACAAUAAUACAACUGAUUCAGAUAAAGCAAUUCAAUCAUUUAUGUUGAACAGUAAUCCUGCAAAUGAUGCAAAUUCGAUGUUAAAUAUUAAAAAUAACUCCAAUAAUAAAAUGGAAACCACAUCAUUUAAUAACUAUAGGUCAACAUUACAAAUAAACAACUUGACUGUAGAUUGUACAAAUGGUUUACCAUUGCUAAAUAAUAUUCACACUGAUGAUAAUGUGAAUUCUCCUCAUUCAUCAUCAAUUAUCGACGACGAUGAAAAAACUACAGAAGCUAUAAUAUCAUUAGCUAUGAAAAUACAACAAACAAGUUUUAGUUUUGAUGAUGAAUUUGAAGCUGUUGACAUUAAUGUUAGCAAUGUGUGUACCACUAAUGAAAUUCAAACAACCAAGUGUCUUGCAGAACAAAAUGGAGACCAAAAUACAGAUCCGCUUAAGCUGGAGGAAGAAUAUAAAAUUCAUAACAGUUUGAAACUUUUAGAAAGUUUGGUUAAUAUUGAACAUGAUAAAUUGGAAGUUCAAAAAAGUUUGAAAACAGAAAAUGAAACAGAACCAAGUAUUGAGACAAAUGAUAAAAUGCGAUUCAAAAAUUCUAAAAAAACAAAUAUCAGGAAGAAGAAAAGUCGAAAAUUGCAAGAAAAUAUAAAUAAUGAAGAAGAAUGGUUGCCAAGUUGCGAUAAACAAAAUCGUUCUUCUAAAAAUAAAACUAAAACCAAUAAACGUAAAAGCCAUGUACAUAAAGCAUCGAAAAAAAAUAAAAAAGUGGAAGUAAAAAAUACUGUGAACAAUUUAUCUACAAGUAACUCGAGUUGCUCUAUUAAAAUUCAAAAUGAUGAAGAUAUUUCAUUGGCAUUGAAAGGCCCUAGUUACACCAAAAAGCCUGAGACAAUAGUUUCUACUGUCAAAAAUACUAAAUCAUUGGAUACUACCAGUUCUGUAGGAACUCAACUGGCACUUCAUAAUACAAAUUACUGUUUACCAACUAAUGAAUUUAAAGGAUUUUCAGAUAAUAUUGAAAGUAUACCACAUGAUGAAAAAAAAAAUGAUCUUGCAGUUGCUAUUAAUAACUCAAAUGCGUUAUUUAUAAAAACUACUACUGUUGCUUCCACUAGCGGUUCUAAUGAAAAAUAUGACAAUAUUAAAAAUAAAUCAUCAUCUGGUCUCUUGGGUUCAGUAAUGAAAACUUCAGAUUAUAAAAAACUAUAUGAAAAAGACCGUAAAAGUUUAUUCAGCCCUGAUGUUGUCAUUAUUAAAAAUGUACCAUUAAAACCUUCGAAAGAUUUUUCAAAUGACCUACACAUCAAAAAAGAAGAUCAAGGUAAAAAGCCAAAAUCUAAAAUACAUAAGAAAGAAAGUAAUAACAAAACUUCUGAUAAAAAGAGAAAAUUAAGCAAACCUAAAGUAAAGAGUACUAAUAGUAGUUCUAAAAUGACACAUAAUUCAAAAUCUAAGCCAAAUAAUGCAUUGACAUCAUUAGUACAGAAAUUGUCAUAUAUAAGGUCCAAUAAUAAAUGUAAGAGACUUAAAGUCACUAAUCCUGAAGGCGAAGCUAAGACUAAUGCUGUUAAUAAUACAAACAAUGAGUCUAAUACAUAUAUAUCAGAAAACAAAGUUUCCGAUAAUAUUGACACUUUAGAACUUCAUGCGUUGGAUAGAACAAACUUUUUGGAAAAUAAUGAGUUUGGGGAAGGUACUUCAAGACAACAAUUGAACGGAGUGAAUGUUUUGGAAAAUAAAGAGUCUAAUAAGGAUACUUUGAAACUAGAAGGUAUGCCUGAAUGGUUAAGAAUGAAAUGUGAGCGUUAUAAUAUUAAACCUUUAUGGAUUGUUAUUAAUCCAAACACUACAUAUUAAAUUUCAUAUUAUUUUUCAUUGGUGCGAUCAGAAUAUUUUCGUAGGGAAUUUAUAGAUAGUAAAAUAAGUAAUGUAUACUUUUUCAUUAAUUUUGCUACGGUAUAUAUAUAUUUUUCAAUGUAUUUAUAGAAAACAAAUACACACAUAAAAAAAUCUAUCAGAAAAUAUUCUGCCUUGUACCAUGUCCCUAUAAAUGUUACGGGCAAUGUGAAAUACUGGGCAAUGUGAGCCACAAUGGUUUUUUUUUACCAACUAACGAAUAUUUUAAAACAAUUAUAAUAAUAAUAAUAAUUGUUAAAUAAUAUUGACGGAAUUAAAACAAUAAUUAAUUAUAUUCAUAUAUCAUAUUAAUAUUACGAAUUUUGAUAAAAUAACAAAAAAAAAAUAUCUUUCACUAAAAUAUAGGUAUUUUAAAAUGUUUAUAGUGAGAUAAUAUAUAUUUUAAUAUAAUUAUUACUUGACACAAUCACUCCGAGAACACAAUUGAGAUCCUUUCGUGCUCUAUCUACAUCAGGAAUUUUUACUCUAACUGACUCCCCAACAUUUCCUUAGCAAAAUCGUUUUUCGGACAUAUCUGUCAUUUUUUUGGCUUGAAUUUUCAGAUUAUUUAAUAACUUUCCUGUUUUGGUUAAUUAAUGUUUGUCUUGUUAUUCAAUUAUUUGAUCUUCAUCAUCUUCUUCUUCUACUUCUACUUCAUUAUGUUCGUUGUCGUUAGAAAGGAUCUGUAUUGACUCUAAGGCAACCUGAAGUUCUUCGGUUUUUAAUUUUGAAAUCAUGUACGCAGGAAGUAAUGAAGACGUUAAACCAAUUUUAGGGGGUGUACCAAACAUUGCUUCAUAUGGUGAAUGUUUUGUACCAUUCCAAUAUGGCCAUAUCCAUAUAGGAAAUCUAUGAUUCUUAAAUAGGCAGUACGAUAGAGAACAAAAACAAGUUUAUACAGUGUUUCCAAAAUUUCAUAGUUUAUAAUUGUUUUAAAAUAUUCGUUAUAUGAUAAGAUUUAAUAAAAUUAAUAAUGAUUGUUUAAAAAAAUAAAAAAUUCCUUAUUAUUAUUAUAAUUGUUUUAAAAUAUUCGUUUAUGUUAGUUGGUAAAAAAAAACAUUGUGGCUCACAUUGCCCGUAACAUAUACAUUUACAUAUGUUUUAAAUGAUGAACAAAACAAAUCAUAAAUUGGUAGUUAUUUAAAAUGAUACUUGUUUGUUAUCGCCUAGCCACUGAUUCCUAUAAAAUUUAUAACACCACCACCUUAUGCAGUGCUGCAACUACGCCAAUUUGAGCCUUUGUGUAAAAGACGUUGAUGUUCUUUAAUCUAAAAUGUUGAUAUUCAUUAUCGAUAUAAUGUUAGGUGCCAGAGCAAUGAAUUUAAUAUGUUACAUCAGGCCCAACCCUAACUUGCUGGCCACAAUCGAAAUUCAUAUUUAUACUGCGGGUCGAAUAUACUUCACAGUUUUUUUGUGUGCCGCACAGCGUCUGGGCAAUAACAAACCUUUAAGACUCAGUAGAUUCCAUUUUUACAAAAAUGUACUGUGGAUUGGAAUAUUUUUAAAAAUAUUUUACAUUCUAUUUUAUAUAAUAUAAUUGAUGAAAAUGUUUUUAAUUUACUUUAAAAUUAAGUUUAUUAAACCUUUUUUUUUAGAUUACUACUAAUUAAUUUAGUUCAUAAUUGUAACUUACUAUUGAUGUGUAAACCUAGUUUUAAUAAUUUUAUAUAACUUUUUUUAGUAAAUAAUAAUACAAUAUGCAUAUUGUGUAGUACAAAUAUAUAAUAAAUUUAAAUGAUAAGUAAGACAAUGGUAUUAGGUGCUUAGAAUCCAAAUUAUGUUCAGUGCAUUGGUAUAAUAAAAUAAAAUUUUAUUUUCAUCUCAAAAUACUACAUGUUAGGAUACAACUAAUCAGGAUUCAGAUACAACUAUUAAGAGGACGCUACAUAGCCAUUUGUGGUCUCCAUCUUACAAGUGCGUUACAUAGCAAAUGUGUGGACAACAGAUCACGCUUAACUCAAUUGGUUGAAAAAUUAGAGUGACUCAACUUAUAAUAAAAACAUCAUCUGUGUUUGUAUGUUGGUUUUUUACAAUAGUUCAAUUUUUUAACAAGUUAUGCGUAUAUAAUAUUAUAACGUAAAUUAAAAAUGCUCAUAAUUCACUUAAAAAAUGAAUAAUCGUAAAAAACCAACAUACAAACACAGAUAAUGAACUUACCAUCAUGUUUCAUAAUAGGUCGAUUAACUCUUAUGCUUAAACUAACGGAGCUAAACGUGAUCUUUUGAGCAUAAAUUUGCUAUGUUAUGUAAUAGUUUAAUAGUUUCUGGAGUGAAAAAUUAUAAAAAUAUUUAUUAUUAAUUGGAAUUUUUUUUUAAUAUAAGCUUAUUUAUUUUUUAGAAAACUAUGUUUGCUAUAUAAAUCACAUUAAUUAAUUUUGAUCUGAGUUAACAAGUUAUCAAUUUUCUAGUUUAUUAUAGAUUAUUUGUUAAAUAUAAAUGAUAGGUAACUAUCAUUUUUACAUUGAAUUAUAUUAUUAUAUAUUGUUUUUACAACAUUAAUUUUUAUUAUUUUACAUAAUAUAUUUUUUAAACAUUAUAAAUUAAAAUAUGUAACUGUUCAAAAUAAUCAAUUAUUUAAGUUUAAACUUUUAACUUUUUCAUAUACCAUACGUUUAGUAAUCGUAAUAAUUAAAAUAUUCUUAAACCAACAAAAAUUAAUUUUAAAUUUCAAAUUUUUUUUUUGUUACUAGUUACGGAUAAAUUCAGGUUCCAAGCCCUUUUGACAUCUCGUGAUAAUGUUUAUGAUAAAACUAUGCAUCAGGGAUAAUUGGUUCUAACACUAAUAACUGUUAUAUUAUGUAUGUUAACAUAUAUAACUAAUUAAAAUACCUAUGUCAUGAUUAUUAUUUUAUUUUAUUUAAAUUUAUUAUUGAUUUUAAGUUUUUAAUAUUUUAAUUUUAUUUGUGUCAAGUUUUUAUAGUUUCUAUGUUAUAAAAUGUAUUCUUAUUGUUAUUGCUUCAAUAACAUUUUAUUAUUAUAGUUUUUUUUUUACUUUUUUGAAUAAAUCUGUAGUGAAUUCGAUAAAUACAAAUAUAUUUGUUAACAGAUUUCUAUGUAUCAAAGAAAUAUUAUGUAUUAUUAUUGAGUUCCAUGUAAAAGUUAAAUAUCUAAAUACAGCUUUAUAUACGUCAAUUAUAUUUUGUAAGCAAUUUCUCUAUAUGAAAUAUGGAAUAUAUUGUUAAGCAAAUAUAAAAACCAAAAUAACUUUUCAGAACAUCCAUCAAGUACAAUCAUACAUUUUUUCUAAAUGAUUAUGUACAAUGAUACAUAAAAUAUGAAUCUAAUAAAAAUAUUUCCUGGUUAUUACUUUGAGUGAGUUAUCAUCAAAAUUUAAUGCAUAAUUAUUUUAUGUAUGCAUUUUAUUGUUAUGAUAAAAACAAUAUUAGAUGUUUUAAAAAUUUGUAUGAAAAUAAUUACAUUUUUUAGUAUAAAUAUAAGUGUAUAGUUAGAUUUCAGGGCUGUAAAAGUAAAAUAAUUUUAAUAAAAGUAAUACAAUGCCAAUAUGUGGUAAUUAUUGUAUCAAUAUUUAAUAUAUUAGAUUACGUUUACUACAUUUAUGUGAUUUCAAUAUUCAAAAUGUAGGAAUAGUUUAAAUGGCAGAAUCCUUUUUUCCAUAAAUUUGCAAUCAUUCAAUAUUUUAUUGUAAUUAUUUAUGUGAAAAAUUAAUCAUGUUAUAAUAUGUUAUUUACUAUUUUUGUUAUUAUUGAUUCAAUCCACCAAUGAAAUAAACUAAUAAAUUAAGACGCUAUAAUUUUUGUUAUUUGUUAACAAUAUUUAAUUUAAUGUUUUUUUUUUUUAAUGGAUUUUUAAUAUGAUUUUUGUGAAGUGAGAGUUAGAAAUGUGAAUUAUACUCAAAGACUGUUGAGAAUUAUCAUUAUGAUUCAUUGUUUCAUAUUUACAUUAUAUUAUAUGAUGUUGUCCUAAACUGUAAAUAUUUUACAUUAUUAUAAAAUGUUUGAUUAUUGAGUGGUGUAACAAUUAUCAUUGUUUGUUGUAUUAUGUUUAAUGUUAUGUCUUUGUAUCAAUUAUGUUAAUGAAAAAACUAUAUCAUACUAAAAAUAUAUUAUAUUAUUUUAAUUUUAACAAAGAACGUGUUGAAAUAUAUUAUGUGUAGUAAACACUUUUUUUAAUUACUUAUAAUAGUAACCUUUAAUUCAGU